AUGGUCGCCAUCAACUGAUUGCAAGCACGUUUUUAUGCUUUAAAUCAUGGUUUUCCUAACCCCACUAAACCUCAUAAGAUCAAGAGGUCCAGACAAGGCAUGGAGAAAACGGAUGUACCUAAGGAUGUCAUGGAGUUACUAUGGAAGAAAGAGGCACUGUUUUUCUAUUGCUGUUAGAUCAGUAAGGAAAGCUAUGAUGUACUCAACAAAAGCAAAAUAUGAAAAGAAGAAAGCAUUUCAAAAAAUGUGGAGACUGAGGAUAGGAGCUGCUUGUUCAGAACACAACCUGGAUUACUAUACAUUUAUGAGAACACUGGCAGAGUCCAACAUUGCACUUAACAGAAAAGUAUUAGCAGACCUUGCUAUUUAUGAGCCAAGAACAUUUCAGAGCCUCACAAUUUUUGUGAAACAGAGAGCAGAAGAAAUGGGAUUAUCAGAUGCUCUGAAGCAGCCUCCGAAACAUGUGAUGACACGUGCCAUGCUUAAGUUGCCAACGAUUAGCACGUAGGCAGUGUCGUAUAUAUUGUAUGUGUGAUUUUAUAAUUAAACUGUGAAAUUGUGUUACAUAAACAGUGUCUGUGUAAAAUAGAUUUUAUGUCUGGCAUCAUGCAUAGAUCAUGAAAACUAGUUAACCAGACAAAACCCAGUAAUUUAAUUCAGAGCUAUGUGACCUGUGUGACCUAUAGUCUGUUUCUCAAUUGACAACAAGUUACAAUCAUUAAAAAGCAUUAAGUAUACUGUAUUUCGUAAAAUGAAAACAAAAAAUGAAGAGGUGAUACUGUGAUAAUGGAAAUUUAGAAUUUCAAGAGACUGGCAUUUUUGGAUGGAAAAGAAUAAUUCCCUAAUUUAUGUGUUAGCGAAUUUGAGUAUUUCCACCUUAAGCAUUGUCUUUCCAGAGUCUGUGCAAUGAAUUUUAGUUUAUAUUGAAAAAUAUCUUCAUGUGAAAAUGUAUUUUUAGAUAAAUCAGACUUUUCUAAAAUGAAAACCAAAUACAGGGAAGUUCUGAUUCUUUACUAGGAUUUUGUUUUUUGCUAGUUUGUAAAGUAUACAAAGACUGGAUAUGAUCUGCUGUUAACAUGAUCAUUUUCACGGGGAGUUAAUUUCACUAUUUCAAUAGACACAUUGUAUGUAUUGUGAUAUGUACAUGUAUGUAAUAUGUCACAAAUUCAUGCAUGCAUGUAAAAUUUACACUGCCAAAUUACUUUAGCAUAUUUAGUGUGAAUUCCAUGUUAACAAUAGAGACAUGAUGAUCUGCCGACAGGUUAUUAGGUAUGCUGUGAUGGAGAAUGUCGUGAUGGCUACCUGUAACAGGGACAGCAUAUUUCUGUGUGUGAGUGAAGAAUGUAGCCUGUAUUUGAAUUAAAAUGGUGAUUUAUUUCAUCCUUCUUUCAUGAAA